GCCAACCGUUUUCUAUAUAAAGCCCAGCCCAGAAUCCCCCCUUCAAAUCGAACCAUAUACCCUAUCUUUACACAAAACUCUGUCUCUAUAUUCCUACAUAAAAUCGCAACAAUGGUCUCUUACAAGGUCUUCCGAGGAACUCCCGAGGGAAAGAUUGUCUCUGACACCGUCGAGCGUGAGCUCCAGAACCACGAGGUCUUCAUUGAGACAACACACUCUGGUGUUUGUGGAACGGAUAAGCUCUACCAGCCCAGUGGAAUUGUCCUGGGUCAUGAGGGUGUUGGAAUUAUUCGUGAGGUUGGAUCGUCAGUCAAGAACGUCAAGGUUGGUGACAGAGUUGGAUUCGGAUACACACAUCAGAUCUGCGGCUCUUGCGACAACUGCUGUACAGACCUCGACCAGUACUGCCGUGAGCGUCAAAUUUAUGGUUUCUCUGACACCGACAACGGUUCUUUCUCCUACGGUGCUAUCUGGGACUCUAAGACUGUUGCACCCAUUCCUGAUGGAUACGACUCUGCUGAUGCGGCCCCUCUCCUCUGCGCGGGAGCCACUGUCUACACAGUCCUGACCAAGUACGGUCUCCGCUCCCAAGAUAGAGUCGGUGUUAUGGGCAUUGGUGGCCUGGGCCAUCUUGCCAUCAAGCUCGCUGCUGCCAAGGGAGCUCACGUCGUUGUCUUCUCUUCAUCCGAGUCCAAGAGGCAGGAGGCCCUGGACUACGGUGCCUCUGAAUUUAUUGUCUUCAAGUCUGGAGACGAGGCUCCUGAGAACUUCAAGCCCGUCAAGCACUUGCUUCUCUGCGGUAGCGCAAAUGUUGACUACAGCAGCCUCGUUCCUCUUGUUGAUACCGACGGUGUAAUUUACCCUCUUACUGCCGCUCUGGAGUCCACUCCCGUUCCCCUUACCUCGCUCUCCCUCAAGGGUAUUCGCGUUCAGGGCUCUCUGGUCGGCUCUCGCGACAGCCUUCGCAAGCUUCUUGACUUCGCUGCCAGGAAGAACAUUAAGCCCACUAUUAUGACAUACCCCCUUAACGAGGAGGGCAUUGAGAAGGCUCUGCACGAUUUGAAGGAGGGCAAGGUUCGAUACAGAGCUGUCCUUGUCAAGGAAUAAAAUGGUUACGUGUUGAAGAAAAAUAGCGAUUUUGGAGCUCAGAUGUGUUUUUAGAGACAAAAGCGAGGUUGAAGGAUAUACCAAUUUGUAAGAUUACGAAUUUGACGAAAUUGACGUUGGUUGUUGUUGAGCUAAA